AUGAAGCUCACGAUUUGCCUUAUCUGGCUUGCGGGUCUUAUUGCCGUCUCUGGUGAUGAGACAAAUGAUUGCAUUAAACAAUGCACAAGUGAUAUAAGCAAGUUGCAGCAGCAAACCGAUUAUUCAGCCUCCGUGCAGCUACGACUGACAAUUAGGCUGCAUUGA